AAUAUAUAUUUUUAUUUUGAAACUAUUGCAAAGGUGAUGCUUGAUCUCGGGAGGGAGAUACAUCCGGUACCUGUUACUUCAAGUGAGCAUGGAUGCUUCAAGAAAGUUCCUACCGCAACCAAGGCUGAUAGCGGAGAUCUUGAAGGAAAUUUUGCGAACAAAGGGAUUCAAGAACUGGGACAGUUUGCUUCUUCUCGGUCACGCGAGAUCGCUAUCGUCAAUCAAGUUAUUGCUCGAAAGAUUGAUCAUGAAGAGAAGGUGCGUGGUGAACAAGCGUGCAAUACUGUUGUUAUUAUAGAAGAUAACCAAAGGUUUCGGAAAGAGAAUGAAGCUUUGGAGAGUUUGAGGGUGCUUCAUGAGGAGAAGGUAACUUGCUUGGAAAUGAAGGUCAAGGAGCAAGAUGUUUUGAUUUGCAGGAUGAGUAAGGCCGUCGAUGAUAACGAGAAGAUUUUGGAGAACCUUCGUAAAUCCGUUGAGACUGAUGCCAACAAAAUCUCUGAGCUGAACAAGUGCAUCUAG